AGUAUCGUGCUGAAUGUCAUACCAAGCGGAAGCUUUUCAACAUUCGUCCAACAAUCGCUCGAAACCCUAACAUGAACAUUCAUCGGAAUUUAUAUACCCAAAGAUAUAAAAUAUUCAGUCUAAGGCAAUUAGAGUUGCUCAAAUUGGAAACAAUAGCAAACAAUCAGCUAUUGCGAAUGGAAGAAAACCAACCCCAAAACACAAAUGGCACGUCGAUAUUUUUUUUUCUUUUUCGUAACAAAAAAUAUGGAUUCCGUAACAGUAUUUGUUGAACAUGUGCAAGUGAAACAGAAGUAUUCCUGAUUAACGUUUUACUUUUGAUGAGUUUGAAAUAAGAUCAAGCGUGUAGAUUCUUUUUUUUUGUAAAAGGUUAUCAGAUAAAAGUUUUCAUAAAGAAAAAUGCAUUGAAUGGGUGUGACUGCUAAAAAUCACGAUGCGUAUGGUUUUCAUUCAAAGGAAAUAGUUUUUUUUUUGCUUGAAAAAUUAUUAACUUGAAAAGUGAUGGACCAAACGAAAUAAAUUACUUUGUGAAAAGUUAAACGCACUGACAGGGAUACGCUCGGUGGUUAGUUUUUUUUUUCGUCUGCGUAGUUUCGAGAAAAUUAAUUUUCAGCCAUAAGUCAAACAAUAUGGUAAUGUGAAAAGUUUGUAAUUAAUCAAGAUAUUACGACGGUCAGUGGAUAUUUGAUGCAUUACGGUGCUGUGGUGAACGACUUUUUAAAGAAACCACACUGACAUAAACCACACAAAAUGGGUCGACAUCGUUUAAACACAACAAUCAACACCUAAUUUAAUCGUCAAACUAACCCAGGACGUGUAUGAUCACACAGACUAACCGCAUAACGAAAAGCUUAUAGUUCCCAUUCGAAAAGGCGUUCGUGGAAAAUUCCGGUGUAAAUUUAAAAAAAACCGAAAAUGUCAUGUAAAACACAGUAUUAGAACACAUGUCGACAAUUUCAAUUUAUUGAGCAAUUUUCGGAUACAAAACCAACAGAAAAAAAAACACAAAAUUGCUAACAAAAUGGCCAAAAACGGUGCACAGAUCAAUGAUUUGCCGGACCAGCAUUUGAUUACAGUUUUUCAAUAUAUUACUGGUUUGGAAAAUAUGACCGACAAUGAGCUUAGUAAACCGAUACUACGACCCGGUCUAUAUGACACAUACAUUCUGUUCAUUAUACAGUAUGCACUGCUGUCGGUAAUUGGAAUGGUGACAAAUAUUUGGAUCAUUUAUUAUAUUGCUCGUCAUAAAUUGUAUCGUGACAAUACGCACGCGUUUUUCAUCAAUUUAAGCGUAUGCCAUUUCGUUCAAAGUGCUUUCGUAUUGCCCGUAACCCUUGUGGUAAUCAUAGUGCACAACUGGAUUCUCGGACAAUUUAUGUGCUAUUUCGUGCCGAUGUUGCAGGAUAUUCCUCUACAUGCCGCGCUGCUGACGCACCUAUUGAUUGCAUGGGACCGAAUGCGAUGGCUAAACGAUCCAAUGAAUUCGCGGUUCCCAGCUUUCGUGUGCAGCUGUGCCACGUGGCUGACUGGCAUGGUUAUCGCAUUGCCCUAUCCCAUUUACACUACGUAUCUCGAUCUUGGAUUGUAUUUCCAGAGAUUCCAUGAUGUUGGCAUAUGUGUUGUGAAUCUGGUGGAUGACAGUCAAGAAUACACACGAGGACUAUUUUUCCUAAUGUAUAUCGCACCGAGUGUCAUACUAGCCUAUCUAUACAUACAUACGGCGAAAGAUCUACGGCCUCCGGAAGGUGAAUUAAGUGUGAUGAUGUAUGAGCAAAGGGCCGAUAUUAUAGCUCACCGCCAUCAACGACAUUCAACGACAUCGUCGACACGUAGUCGAACCAGCUAUGGGCGUUCAUACGACUUGUACGAUGCACAGACGGAUGCAACUCGAGAACAGCGCACACAAUAUCUACUGGGCACGAUGGCUGCAUGUGAAAUCAUUUGUAUCGGUCCUUUGAUGGUUUUACGAUUUGCGCGGCAACAAAUGGAUGAAACGUACGAGAAUUCGUCGCAUUUCGAUAUAACUUAUUUGCUGUUGAUCUGGGUGGCAUUUUUACCGACGAUCAUAAGCCCCGUUAUGUAUUCCAUGUGGAUAUUAUCCGGACCGACAAAAGAUCGAAUCUGGCGCUAUUUCCGUUUAUCGUCACGUCAAAGUAAUAGCGAUAAUAAAUUGGAAUCGCAACGCUCAAUAGAAAAUUCAAUUACGCAAGAAAAUACAACGGAAACCCUGGAUAUCGAAGCGAAAAUUCCACUUGCACCAAAAACCGCUCACAUUAUCAGCACCACCGGCAGCCACACCAGUAAACCAACAGGUAAAGUGAAUCCAACAACCGCAAAUGCACUGAAACCAAAACGGCCUGUAAGCCGUACAAAUCCAAACCGAACGAGCAUUCGAAAUAAAACUGUACACAAGGACCUCAUUCGACCGGAACGUACUCGUUCAUCAGAGGAGAUGAAUAAUUCAUGUUCGAAUAUAACGGCCAGCACUUAUAUUAAUGGCAAUGAAGUGAGUACGAGCAGUGGAAUCGGUGUGGAUUUCGAGAGUAUCGCGGCGACCGAACAACCGAAAAUAAACUUUGAUCGUGAGAGCGUUUACAGUGGCGUUAGCAACGAUCGAUACUCGCAUCGAAGCCAUGACAGGCUGUCAGAAAGUGGUAAUUUAUUGUUAAGACGUGAAUCGUCAAGUACGUACGAGCGCGAUAUGGAUAUAAUCGAUUUGUUGGAGCGCGAACGCAGCGUGGAUUUGAGCGAAAUGAUUGAGCGUGAACGGCAGAAAACUGAACGUUAUCGCAAGAAAGUGCCAAAUACACGAACCAAUUCGAGUGUUGAACGACGAAAAUUGCCAGACAUUACGAAAAUAACUGCACCAUCCAGUCCAAAACGGCCCAUCACAUCGGCCGAACAAUCGAAUAAUUUUCCGAAUUUCGUGUUCACACAUCAGUUCAAUGAAUUUGCAGAGGCUCGAAGUAAUCGUAAUCGAGAUUCAAAUAGCGGAGGAGGUGGAGGUGGAGGAGGUGGUGUCACUUCCAAUGUACCGUCGGCCAGAAGUCGAAAUAAUUCACAAACUUCAUUUGGCAAACGAAAUAGCGACGCUCACCAGUGCGUUGAAGACGACAGUUCAGUGGGCAAUUUAAAUCGUGUCGCACGUGCACGAAGCAUUGAUUCGCGCAAAAGCUCCACCAAAUCAAUCCAUGACAAUCGAAUCGUGGCUACCAACAGCACCAACUAUACGACUGGCUCAAUGUAUGCAAAUAAAAUGUAAUAUACGGAUAGAGUGAAGAUGGAGAUUGAUUUAGUCAUUCAUUUGUAGAGAUUAAAGUGGAUGAAUCCAGAACAAGAGAUUUAUAAUAGAUAAACAGCGAAUAGAUAAAGCAUCUGUUUCAAAGCGAUGCGAUAUGCCAAAUAAUAAGAUUAGAAUCAAGCACACUCUAAUAUUAUGAACAUGGCCAUUAAAUGAGAUUUAAGCGUUAAACUAAGUGAAAUAUCGUGGAAAAUUUCCAUAAUCGCCGUUUGUUUAACGUGCACACUUCCAUCAAGAGCAUCAAUAAUCUGCAUGCAUACAUACACUUCGUAUACGAAGGCAAGAAAGUUUUAAGCAUAUAAAAUAUGGAUUGUUUGUGUUCUCGGUGACGAAAAUUCAGUGUUUGUUGGUACUUUGCAAUUAGAUGGUAUUAUUUUGUCAAUAUUCGACACUUUUACGAAACAUACAUGACUCUCUUCCGAGAAUAUGGAACAUACACUGUAGACUUUGUCGUCAUACCGUACCGACUCGUAUGCAAGCAAGUCGUUUCUAAUUAUUUUCUCAUAAAAUAGACACGAGGUAAACAGAAUAUUAAAUUUCAUAUAGAACAGAAACAAAAGCUGAUUUCUCAGACUUACCGAACUGUAUCACGCGUUGCAUGCGUUCGGGGAAAACUCCGAUAUAAAUAGGUCAGAGAAAGCUCUGUACUUUUUCUUCAUUUUUCUUUAUUGUUGUUGUCGUUGAGUGGCGUCUGAUUCUCAAAGGAUGAAACAUAACAAUCAUCAUUUAAAUCACAUGAAAUGAAGUCUUGAGUCGAGUGGCAUGAGGCAACACGUGCACAAGUUGCUACAUGCACACAUUUGUCCAACGCAAUUUGCUGUAUGCCCAUACUUUGUUCGUAUUCUAUUCUUUGGGGGCUUUUUCCGGUGUAAUGGGUUUUGUUUUUGAGCUUCUCAUUCAAAUCCGACAUUUAAUUCUACCCAGUUUUUCAUUCUUCCAUUCGAAAUAUUGAAUACUUAGUUGUUCUCAAUUUAAUAAUGUAACAAAACCAAAAGUUGUCUCGAAGUUUACACUUUAUCUAACCACAAAAAUCUGGUAUUUAUGCGGAACCAAGUGGAUUUUCGAAUGAAGUUGAGCACUUAGUUCAGAAAUGGAUCCCAUUGUUUAGAAUGUUGUGCUUUGAUUUUUGAAUGGUAAACUUUUCGUUCUACGUAACGGCAACUUUACAAAUGAACUCUGUUGUGUCUGCAAGUGAAGCAAAUGUUUGGCACUCAUUGGCGUUGACAUGGUGAAGUGGUCGAAAUCGUGGGACAAAUUGCCAAAAAAAUGUAUCGUAAACUUUUCUAAUAAAAUUUCAUACGAAAUGAGUUUUGCGAAUUUUUCGGGUGUAAAUUAAAUUGUUGAAGUUCAUCAGUGUACGCACUUUGGGCUGUACUAAUGUUCCUAAAUAAUUCAUUACGGGAAAUGACCACUGACGAUUCACCAGUCAUUUUGUGAAUGUGUGUGUUUUUCAUGGAAGUUUGCUCGUCAAUAGAACCAAGCGACUUAUUGAAACGAUUCCAUGAAUGAAUUGGUGUAAUGCUUUAGUAAAUUUUCGAAAUAUUCAAAUCAAACUAGUGUUGCAUUUGAAGUGGCAUACCACAUCUAACAAAAGCCACAAAUUGGUUUACAUAUUGGAUAUCUCGAUUUUAAUUAAUAAAUGCUACCCGAAAUGGGCAACGUAACAUAAGUCGAAUGUUAAUAAUAAUGUAAGUGUUACUUGUAAUGUUAUCAUUGGUAACACUAUCAGCAGCAGCUGCAGCUAGUAACUAAGUUUUAUGGGUUUUGAUACGUAUCAAAAUGAAUUCCUUCUUCAUAGAUGUUUAGUGCUAAGUUUUUCAAAUCUACACACAACCAGGCUAAAUGCCGGCCCCUCCAAUGUCGGAACACACAUUUCAGUCGGAUCCAAUCGAUCUUUUCGAUGGCAACGACACUUAUCUGGUUGUUACCUUAACAAUUUUAUUCAUUACUAGAUUACUACUCCUUAAAUCUAAUUGCAAUUGAUGUUUUAUUAAAAUUUAAAAUUAAAUAAUGAAAAUAGUUGUAAUAUUUUUAGUCUCAAAACUAAUUUUUAAAUUAUUCAAAACAACCCAACAAGUUUCUAUAGGCUCUAAAGUCGAUACAUCGAAUCAAUAAAACAAGAAAAAACAAACGAACCAAUUAUCCUCCCUGUAAAUAAUGAAUUGAAUUCGUCCUUCGUGUGAAGUAAACCAGAAAAAAACCAAUGUAUGCGGAAAAUGUGUAAAUUGGAAUCUAAUACCUAAGUUGCUCGCUCAUAGGAUUAAUUUAAGCAUAACCAUUUACUGUUUUCUUUAGAUAGGCAAUGUAAUUAAAGCAUAGAUUUUAAAUUGUGUAUAAAGUUGCGCGCGGAUGGAAUAUGCAAUAAAUCCGGCUAUCGUUUUGUUGCACACUACCAACCCUCCCCAACACAAAAUCAAUCUAAUUUAUUGGGGCAACCUUGAAAAACACCAACCCAACGAUCGCGUGAAGUGGAUUUUAAUUGCAUUUCCAAAUGCAACAACAAGCAUAUUGAACAAUUAAUGUGAUAAUGAACAGAAACAAAAACUAAAAGACCGAACAUAGUUUCGCGCGCCGUGCACAAAAACGAAAAAUGGCACUCGAAAAUCAUUCGAUUUAUAUGCAACAAACUAGAUGGAAAAUGGCACAAAGUAAUCGUUUUUUUUAUUGAAAAUUCCGGCGAAGCUUCUUGUCUUCUCUAUUUAUUACAUGAUAAGAUUUACCAUGCCAAACGACAUACACACACAAUUGAAUUGUGAAACCAUUAACUAUAUAUUGUAAGAUUUCAAGCUAUACUACAUCAAUACAGUUCCAGAGUAGGUGUUUUACAUUCAGCGUCGGGUGCAUUUUGCACAACCGAAUGAAUUUGUGUGGGAAAAAUAUAACUGACAGCACGGGGUAAUCUUUUUUCGUUGCAAGGCAAUAGACCGUUUGAUUAAAGAAAAACAUCGUUGAUUUAUGUGCUUUAUAAAGACUUCUGGAAAAAGAUUCAUUCAUUUUGUAGAACGAAAAUUCUACAUAAUUUUCUGUCUCUCUCUCUCUCUCUCUCUCUUUGAUACCGUCGCAAAAAGGGUAUUUCGAUUUUUCCACUUUUAUUCCUUCAUUUUUUUAUCGCUUGAAUUUAUUUACAUAUUUAUAAUCUUGGUAUGAGAAAAGGUAGCUGGCUCUGACAAAAUAUAUUUCAAUCACUUCAUACGCUUGAUGUUCCACAUUUUUCCAAAAUGUUCGAAAUUUUUCCACACAGACGAAAAACACUUGACUUUUAAAUCAGAUUGUUUUUGUUCGGUCGGUUUUGCCUCAUUUAUGCCAACUCAAUGCAGAUGCAGAUCGUUGAAAUUGCAAGUCACGAACCACGUGGACCUUGGAAAAAAUCCAGCAAUUUUAAGUGGUCAGCGAUUCUGCGAAGCAGAUUCUGCUGUUCAAUUAACUGCCGUAGAAAUUGGAAUUGCGCGUAUCAGUACAAACACGUUCUUGAAUUACUUAUGGCGCAGGCAAUUUGGUAAAAAAUGCUAAUGAUUUCGAUGGAAACAGUCGGCAAAUGAUUAAAUACGAGCUCAUGAAUACCCGUGGGAUAUACCGAGUGUCUCGCCACCAUUGGCAAUUUAAAAGAACACUCGAAAUGUGUUUUCGAACCGAUUCAAUAGUUGUGGAAUAGAAUUUAGGGUGCGCUAUGGCCAUGGCCAAGAGCAUGUUACAACAAUGUAAAAUUUCUUGGAAACAUGUCACAUGGAUCUUGAUUGCCGAUGCCAUGAUUUACAUGCGAUGCUCAUCGAUCUGAUGAACCAAAAUCACAGCUAAAAUUUCAUUCAUCUAUUCAUUUCACUUCGCAGCACCAAGUGUCAUUGUAUUACGUUUGAAAUGAUUUCAUACCAAAGCGAGUUAUCGAUUCCCAUUGGCACAAGCCUCAUGCUUUGUGACAUUUUUUUUUCUUUUCUGUUGAUUUCUUCAUUUCCUUUCAUUGUCCCACUGAUUUUUCCUGGCAACGUCAUCUCGAACAAACCGUACGAUCUUGAAAAGACCUAUUUAUUUAUACAAAGAAAAGAUACUUAAAUGAAUUAUGUAAUUUAACUUUGACUUUUGUAAUGUUGGCAGAACAGCUUUAACCGAGAGAGUGUAAUAUUUCCGAUUACGAUUGUGUGAAUAGAAAAAAAAAGAAUGCGGAAGAAAGAUGCCUUUUGAACUUUGAUCCAAUUACGGUUUCACGACGCAAAAGUGGUUAAGCUACGAGGUAAAGGAAAAAUACACCAUUUCCAGGAGGUUGAAACAAGCAACAGUUCAACGGAAGUGAGUGCGAAUCACCAUAGUAAUCGAUUUAAAUUUUGACGAUAAUGUCAACCUAUUUCAAUAAAUUUGGACGUUUUGUGUUGCGUUUCGCAGAAAUUUCGUCAAAAGUCAUCGUUUGAAAUGUGUUACAGUUUCAAUAGAAACCUGACGACCAGUUUCACAAUGGCCGUUUGAAAUGUAAAUGAAAUCAUUGAGUGAACGCACACAGUGCCACGCAAACGGCAUGACGGCAUGCGAGCAUCAGGUGAAUGUGAUUGUAAAUUUCAGCACUGUUUUUUUAAACGGCACCAACAUUUCGAAUGGAGAUUAACAUUUAACCGUAUAAAGUAACCUAUUGAGAAACAAUGUAUUGUGUAAAUACAAAGGAAUUAAAAUGUUAUAUGUAAAAUUCUUUAGAUUACGUUUUUUUUCUGUCGUCGCGUAAAACCAAUAUACAAAUCAAACAAGUUGAACAAAAGGAUUAUUUAAAUCAUAAGGGAGAUUAAAUUAUCGGGAAAAAAUGGGAAAAACAAUUGAAAUUCAUUUUUUGUUGUUGGCACAAUGUACGAAAAAUAUUAAAUUAAAUAUCAAUUGGUUUCGCCAGUUUAUUUUUGUUAUUGCUUCAGUUUUAUCGCUAUUGUUGCCAAGAGCACGUAUCAAACGGUUAAAUUCAAAUUGUUUCUUCAAAUGAGUGAUAUGAUCAUUUUGUUACCAUCGACAUGUUCCAUCGAAACUGAUUGACUCGUAUUCUUCGAUUAAUGAGUUCAUAUCAAUGAUUGAUUGAAAUCAACAUACAGAAAUAAACAAACAAAUGAAAAUAUUUCAAUCAAACAUGGUAUAAUACAUUGAAUGAAUUCCCUUCGGGUGAUUCAUCAUAAAAUAUCCGCAAACAAUGUUUUUUUUCCAUUUCGUAGAAUGGAAUUUAAAAAAACAUUUUCAUUUAAAACCCGAGAGGAAGAAAGAAAGAAAGAAGAAGAGAAAAAAAAACCUGGAAUUUUUAUAAGCUUAAAAUUAACAAAAUGCAAAUAAUAAACAAAAAUCCAUUUAAUGCAUUGAAAACAUUUGUAGUUGUUGAAAAAAAAAACAAGAAUUUUAUCCAUAGUACAGAUUAACACACAGAUUUAAACACUAUAUUUUGAAUUAUAAAGAGAGAUUUAAUGUUGAGUAAAACAAUUUGUCCAUGUUUAACAUUCUAACAAACCCACAAAAGAAGAGUCAAGUGUAUACUUGUACAAAUAUAAAUAUAUUUUAACAUGAUGGUAUUCGGAUAAGGAAUGUCGCGAGAUAAUAAAAAAGAAGCUGAGUAUCUGAUAUAUUUUCGUCUUUAUUCCAGCAUAUGAAUGUUAAUAAAAAGAAAUAUUUUGUAUUGCAAACCAAAGGGUUUUAUUUCAAACAAAAACACUUUCAACACCUUUCUCAUCGAAAAGGAAAAAGG